GCGUAGCUCCAACUGCGCCGACGUCUGUCAUCAAGUGUCGUUCGUUGAUAUCGUGUGAGUGCUCCGAUUUCUCGUAUUUUCAAUUUUUUGAAGUUAAAAUCAUAAAUUAAACCAAUCAAAAUGGCCGUAUGGGAAGGAAAGAAAUACAAAUUGGAGAAAAGUGAAAACUUUGAUGAAUACAUGAAGGAAUUGGGUGUUGGCAUGGUAUUGCGUAAAAUGGGCAACAGUGUUAGCCCCACCGUUGAACUGAAGCAAGAUGGUGAUAACUACACCUUCACCACCACUUCAACCUUCAAGACAUCCACAAUCAACUUUAAGUUGGGUGAAGAAUUCGAUGAAGAGACACUUGAUGGACGCAAAGUGAAGAGCGUCAUUACUUUGGAUGGCAACAAAUUGGUGCAGGAGCAGAAGGGCGACAAACCCUCAACCAUCAUUCGUGAAUUCACCGACAACGAAUUGGUGACUACCCUCACCAUAAACAAUGUGAAAUCCGUCCGAGUAUACAAGGCUGUAUAAGUGCGGCGCGGGAACAGCCACCAAAUACUAAAGAAAAAACUAUAAUUUAAAUGCCAACUCUUGCGAUAACUUAGAAUUGAAAUACUAAGAAUUAUAUAUUAUAUUUUGGUUUUGAAUAUUCCAAUUUUCGUUUGACUGAAUGUACGCUGACUUUUUUUUUUAAUUUUAAUAAUGCAUAAACUGUAAUUUAAAGUUUGAUUUUGUUAUUAAAUAACAGAAAACUAUAUAUUUCUAUGGUGGAGCGCUUAAGUGAUGUAUGUAUAUCAUUAAGUACAUUUACAUGUAUUUAUAGAUAAA